CCUUUUCUUUUCCUCAGCCAUUGUUUUCCCACUUCCCUUAACUUCAACAUCUUCUUCAACUUUUCCACCCCUCGUUCUCCUCACCAUCUACAGUUGACUGACUUCAGAAAGUGAAGUCAUUGAAUUCAUCGUCAUAGACUACAACGUACAAGUCAUACUAUCCAUCACUCUUCACUACAACCACUCACUUCACCGUUCUCUGAGUUUCGAUUCUUGGUUGACUUCUUCGCUCACUCUCUUCUCGCUCUCAACAACGCCCUCAGCUUUCCUCGCCAAAGGGGGCGAGGACCCAUAGCCGCAUCGGCAGUCCCAAGUCUCAGACGAGCGCCUACGGGUGGGGCUUCGUCGGAAUCGAGAAUUCAACCUCUCCAUCGCCGUCACUUUUUCGAAUCUAUCCUCAUCGAUUAUUCAACCAUCCCAUUUUGGAAGAAAUCUUAUCAUCUUUCACAUCAAGUCGCCACUGAAAAACAAACCAACACUCGUAUCUGCUAGGAAAUGAUUGACACCUCUUAUGCUGUGCAAGGCACUACUGAUUUGAGCAACACAGUCAAACAUGUCGUUGUCGAGGAUUCCAUCAACCCGACUUCAUUUAUCGACCCAACUGCUCGUCUCUUGGUGGCUGCAUCCGAAGUAGUCGAACAAAGUGAAAUUCCGAAAUUACCUUGUUCCAUUCCCAUCGACACAGUCAUCCCGCCUCGUACAUCUCGUCGACAUGCUAAAAAGGCGAGCAAAAGCACACCCGUGAUCCUACCAGUUGUCAAUUCUGGAUCAACUAUCGAUACUUUCAGAACGGCCUUGAAGAAGAUCGAUUUGGAUGAAUGCGAAGCCAACGGAGAGAAUGCGUUCUAUGUCUGUGAUCUAGCGGUGGUUUAUCGCUUGUAUCUACGUUGGCAAAAGGUUAUGGGUAGACGAGUCAAACCCUUUUUUGCCGUCAAAUGUAACCCCGACCCGCAUGUGAUCAAUCUGUUUGCCAAACUCGGGCUUGGUUUCGAUUGUGCAUCUCAUGCGGAGAUUGCUCAAGUUCUCGCCUUUGGAGUUUCACCCUCCAACAUCAUCUAUGCCAACCCUUGUAAAGCUGGCUCUUUCAUUCGACAUGCACAUGCUAGUGGCGUCGAAAUGAUGACAUUUGACAACAUGGACGAACUUCACAAGGUGGCUAAACAUCAUCCAAGUGCCAAGAUGGUCAUUCGUAUCCUCAUCGACGAUCGUGGAAGUCUGUGUCGAUUUGGUGAAAAGUUUGGGGCACCAUUAGAAAACGUUCAUUUGCUUCUCGGAACUGCACGUCAAUUGGGUGUGAAUGUCAUUGGGGUUGCUUUCCAUGUCGGUAGUGGGUGUACUAACCCAGAGCUUUACAAAGAUGCUUUGAAACAUGCGAAGUGGGUUUUUGAAUUGGCCAGUCAGCAUGGAUAUCAGUUUAAUCUCUUGGACGUUGGUGGCGGAUUCGGAGACGAUAACCUCGAGUUUCUUGCCGAAGGUCUUUUAGCUGGCUUAGAUGAAUAUUUCCCAGUUGGAUGCGGGGUCAAUGUUAUCGCCGAACCCGGGCGUUACUUUGUGACGGAGGCUUUUGAGCUUGCUACCAAUGUCAUCGCUCGACGGCAAGUCUCUAACACCAAAGUACAAUUGGAUGCACCCAUGAUUGCCCCGGUGGACUCGGAGGAGGAACCGGUUACACUAUACUACAUCAAUGACGGUGUCUAUGGCGCAUUCAAUUGUAUCAUGUUUGAUCAUCAGGUCGUUCACCCCAAGAUCUUAACACUCGAUGGCAAAUUUUACUCGGACGGCGCUAGACCAUUGAUAGAGACAAUCAUUGAUCAUCCUCACACUCCAGCCCUUUCGGAGGACAAUAUGGAGUCCUCCGUUACAUCUCUAUCACCUCUCUCAUCUGUCAUCAUCUCACCAGAGACUGAGAGUCAAGGAGUAUGUAGCUUCAGUAGUUUAGAGUUACAUGCGUGUAGGAUCUUUGGGCCAUCAUGUGACAGCAUCGACUUGGUCUGCCCUCGAACUCUUUUGCCCACCGAGGUCUUGAAGGUUGGCGACUGGCUUAAAUGGGAACGAAUGGGGGCUUAUACAGUUUGUGCUGCAAGCCAAUUCAAUGGGUUUAAAAUCAGUCAGGUUCAAUAUACGAUUGAUGCUAAGGGUGAUGAAGAACUUGAAAAUGAAUUGAGAUCAAUCAUACGUCAAUGAAGUGAGACGUCCCGAAGUUAUGAGAAGAAUGGUUGAAGUGGAGUAGAACACAUGAAUUGGUGAUGAAGUUCAGUAAAUGUGUAUAUCUUGACUACAUAUCGAAUCUCUUUCCUUCUUUAUUCUUUAUCAUUCACUGUUCUUUGUCAUUUGAGACGGCCUAACAAAUCCCAAAAAAAUAUUCUUGAUCUUUUACUAUCCGUUGAUUUUGUUAAUUGGUGUCUUCUUCCUCUUAAUGUUUUGAUUGUUUAUGUGUGCGAAGCAUUCUUUUAUUUUCACUUUUUUUUGUUGUAGGUUCUUUCAUUUUCAUCUUGAUUUAAAAUGUAAUCACAACAAAAGCUUUUUGAUUUUGUUGUUGAUGGCUUCUUUCUUUCUUUCUUUUUGGUUUCUAUAAUUACUAUGUCCGGCGUGCAAGGAAAGCUUUGAAUUUUUCCUUCUUUAUGAGCUUUUUCAAUUUUUUGAGAUGUGGUACGAAGGGUUUAUGAAUUUGUUUACAAUUGAAAUCAAAACAUGAUUCGAUUUUGAUUUUAAC